UCUCGAGGCGGUGUAUCUUGUUCAUGAUGACAACAAAAUUCUCGUUUAGUAUCGUCCAGUAUCCCACUCGCUCGUCACCGUCGGUGACUUUUAGGUUAUAGCGACAUCGAGUGAUCGAGGUUAUGUAAAAACAUGCGCUUCUGCUGCUAUUUCGGAGGAGUCGUCGUGAUUAAAGAAUUAACUUCAAUUAAUUUAGGAUUGAAUUAGAAUUGGGGAGAAUUCUUACUCAACGAUUAUAUAUUCUAAAGAAAGACUGAAGCGAUAAUGUUGGCGCCUUCAGCAGUGUUAAAUAUUAUAAGCAGGAACAUUUCUACAUCAACCCCUGUGAACCACAUAAUUAAAUUAACCCGGUUGAGAGUGGUGGACAACAGCGAGAUAGGAAAGCUAGCUAUGAUGGAGGGUAAACCACCGCGAUGCAUACACGUCUACAAUAAAUAUGGGAUUGGUUUUAUUGGAGACAGAAUUUUAGUCGCGAUUAGAGGCGAAAAGAAAAAGGGCAUACUGGUUGGAUUGAAGCAGAAACAGGCGCCGAAAGUUCCCAAGUUUGACAGCAACAAUCUGGUGCUCAUAGACGACAACGGGACACCUCUAGGUACAAGAAUACAGGUACCCAUUCCACAUAUACUCCGAACGAAAAUGAAGGAGAAGACCCACACCAAAGGCGCAGAUUAUACUAAGCUAAUAGCAAUUGCAUCCAGAUUCGUGUAG